AUGCACACCACGGCCGCCAUCAGUCCGUCCCUGCGUGGUCUCCCUCGACUACGCUAUGGCUCCGCGCGAUUCCCGUCAAUCCGCCUUGCUGCUCCGUCCCACGUACCACCUCGUACCCAGUGCCACUUGCAAUCCUCGUCGUUAACGACACGUGUCGCUCCCGCCGUGCGCAGCGGGGAGCUCAAGGAACGGGACGCGUUGCGCGAAUGGCGCGUGAGUGCCGGCGGCGUGGCUGCCUUGCGGUCGCUCUCUCCUUGUACCCUGAUUCAUGCUGCUUCUCUGGCGCGUGUGCUUGUAAAGGGAGGCUGGAGAACGCACGCGGUGAGGGAGCCGGCAGUCGCGGGGGAGAGAAGGGGAGAGAGCGGCGAAGGCGAGGAGGAGGAGGAGGAGGAGACAGAGCAUAGGGAGUUACGCGGAGAUCCGGAUAGGCUGGCGGCGGGCGGCGAAGGGGAUGGCGCGGCUGGGGGAAGGGCGGAUGCGGAGGAUGGGGGAGAGACGUUGGAGGAUGUGGUGGGGGAUAUGCUGCCACGAUGGCUGCUGGACAGGGCGUGCGAGUUAGGGUUCGAGCGCCCCACGGAGACCCAAAGGCACGCCCUGCCAGUGCUUCUCAGCGGCCAGGACGCCAUCCUUCACGCACAGACGGGAUCGGGCAAGACGGUGGCGUUUCUGCUGCCGCUGCUAGCAAGCAUCGACCCCUCACGCAGGGCGCUGCAGGCCAUGGUGCUGCUGCCCACGCGCGAGCUCGCCAUGCAGGUGGGGCGGCUGGCGCGCAGGCUGGGGGUGGUGAAGGGGCGAAUGGGGGAGGAGGCGGAGGGGAGUGAGGACGAAGAGGAGGAGGGUGUGGAUGGGGGUAGUGGUGAGGGAGUUAUGGAGGGAAGGGGAGAGGAGGGGCAGCAGGAGCGGAGAGGGAAGAAGGGGCGGAUGGGCAGGCAAGAGGGGAAGGGAAAGGGUGCUGAAUGGAAAGGGGCGAGUGGGAGGGGAGGAGGCAAGGGGGGCCGAGAGAGGGUGGGUGUGAUGGUUGUGGGCGGGGAUGGGGAGUCCAACAAGCCAACGAGGAGACAAAGUGUCUGGCUCAAGGUAGACUGCCCCUCUCUCCCUCCACUCCGCCCGGUCCCUCCCCCCUCUUCUCCCCUCAAGGCGGAGCCCCCCCACGUGCUGGUGGGCACACCGGACGCCAUUCUGGCGUUGCACCGCCGCCACCCCCUCGCCCUGCACUCCCUGCGCUUCCUCGUCAUCGACGAGGUGGAUGCAGUGUCGGUGUCGUCCAAGCUCUCCGGAUCCCAGUCCCUCCAUAAGCUCAUCUCGCUCUGCCCGCCGCCCCGCCAACACACACUCACAGGGCAAGCAGCAGCUGGUGGUGGCGAGAGGAAGGGGGAGCGGAAGGGCAGUGGAGGGGAGAGACAGACAGUGCUGGCCACGGCUACGGUGCCUCAGGCAAAGAGAUUCAUACGCGAUGUGAUUCACUGCAAAUGGGUCAACGAGGCGGUGGUGUAUCUGCACGUGCACUCCACCAUGCCAGCAGGUCUCAUUCAUCGAUACGCUACGUGCUCCUCCCCUUCCAAGAAGCUUCCUCUGCUGUUGGAUCUGCUACAGGCGGACCGUCCUACUGCUGCAAUGGUGUUUGUCAGGCAAAUGAGUGACAAGGAGCGCAGUGCAGGGAAGGAGGGUCUGUGUCGUGUCGUUGCAUCCUUCCUCUCCUCUCACCUCACUGCCAGUGUCAACCAGCCUUUCACCUAUGGCGCUGCAGUUGGAGAUGGCACUAAGGUGGAGGGGGACAGCAGAGAGGAGGUUACCAAGGCAGGUCAUGACACAAAGGCUGCGAGUGCUCAAGGGCAUGGCAGCAGUGGGGUAGGGCCUCUGGUGUGGUGUUUGGAGGCAGAGGGCAAUGUGCAUGCUCGCACCAAUGCUCUAGAGGAGUUCCGGUCAUCGUCAGCUCCUCAUCGCAUCAUGGUAACCACCGACUUUGCAUCGCGGGGCCUUGAUAUUCCCGCUGUCUCGCACGUGUACAGCGUUGACUUGCCUGGGGACACUGUGGUUUACACGCACCGUGCUGGCCGCACAGGAAGGGACCCGUUUGGGGGCCAAGGAGGGGUUGUCACAUCGCUCGUAGGGAAGUCGGAAGCGUUUGUUGUGGAACGGAUUGCCAAUGAGCUCAACCUUUGCUUUGAUGUGGUCUGUGAUUCUUGA